AUGUCAGAAGAGAGAAUGCAUUCAGCCAUGGAUAAUCCAGUCUACGAAGAAGCUAUAGUCGUGGAGGUAGAACCACAACCACCCAUAGAAGCCAGCCACGUCACCUUCAGUUUUGUGUUAACGUUUUUGUUCAAAUGCAUAUCACACAUCGUCAAUCUACUACAACCUCUCGCUCACCUCUGGAUCAACUAUUACUGGCGAACAUUUGGGGAUGAAGCUGUAAUCAUGCCCCCAACACCACUUAGCUUUAUCAUCACUAGUUUAUAUAUUUUUGCAGAAAUGAAGUCGCAGGGGUCUGAAUUUCCUUUCAAAACUCAUCCUCGAUCCAUGAAUAUCGCCAUUACCAGUCUACUCUUUUAUGGUUUGGCUUCAGCAGCCCAACAUUUCAUUUCUACCUGCACACGUCUUGGUCCGGCUUCAGUUUAUGCCAUGGUUGCUCACUCGGGAAGGAUUGGUUGUUUGUGCAUUUUGGUAGCAUCUGUAGCUUCAUUGUUAUAUCUUUGA